ACACCUUAUAUUAUUAUUUCAAAAUGCCAAUAAAAAAUGUUUAUAUACAUUUAUUUCUUUUUUCAUGAACUGCAUCUAGGUAUGGAAGAUGCAUAUUUUCGUUGAAUAAAAUAAAUUAUGAACCAUGGUCUAAUCUAAUUCAGAUCUCACCUAAUAUCCAUUUAACAUAAAUCCGAACUGACAUGAUAUAAUUUGAUAUAAAACUAAUUUACUGCAACCGUGACCUAAUUAAUGCUGAUAUAACCUAACCCGCAUCUAACUAUAUACCGGUCUAACCGUACAUUGACCUAACUUUAUGAGAACUUAAUCUUAUCCUAGCUUUAUCUUAAUGUAUCAAUAUAACACGUAUUUAUUUGGUUUUCUAUCAUAUUACAUACAUGUAGAGCCAUGAUAAUAGGUGCCUUCAUGUAUCAGACUUGAUUCUUAACAAAUUUUCUAUAAGAUGGAUAACGUAAUAGUACGAAAAGCAAAACGUGAGGAUUGCAAAGUUAUUAGAAAUUUAAUUCAGUCUCGUUAGAAUGUCAUUUUAGGAAUUAGCUGACUUUGAACUUAUGCCAGAUGGACCAAAAAUUGAUUAUACAGUUCUUGAAAGAGAUGGAUUUGAUACAGAACAUCCCCUAUUUAUAUGUUAUGUAGCUGAAGUUAAUGGAAAUGUAGUAGGAUAUACAAUUUCAUAUUAUACAUAUUCUACAUGGGGUGGAAAAGCCAUGUACUUAGAAGACAUUUAUGUAACACCUACGUGUCGAAGUAAACAUAUUGGAAGCAAAUUAUUGAAAGCUGUUGCUACAGAAGCAACAAAGAAUGAAUGUUGUAGACUAGAUUUUUCAGUCCUUAAAUGGAAUCCUGCACAAAGCUUUUAUAAAAAUAAAGGUGCUCUUAAUUUAACAGAAGAGGAAGGAUGGCAUCAUUAUCGUUUUUCAAAUACAUCUUUGAAAAAUUUAGCUGCAGAUACCUAAAUAUUGUUCUAAGAAAUUACUUUUUA